AUGGUUUUCAUCCGCAACAUGUUGUAUACCUGGUACCUCUUCCAUUGGAUACCCAAAUCUGGUGAAGGUGAAGCUUAUGCUGACCAUAUAAAGAGUAUACACCAAUAUGUGCGAGCAAAUAUUAACAAGAGUAAUGAACACUACAUGAAUGCAUUUAAUGCUAACCGCAAGCAUACAAAAUUUCAUAAGGGUGAUAUGGUGAUGGUGUUCAUCCGAAAAGAAAGAUUCCAUAAGGGAAGAUAUCAUAAGUUGGCUUCAAGGAAGAUGGGUCCAUACAAGAUAAUGAAGAAGAUCAGUUCCAAUGCUUAUGUUCUUGAGUUACCUGAUGACUUACAAAUAAGUCCCAUUUUUUAUGUUGCUGAUUUGUAUGACUUCUAUGGGUUUGAUGGAGAGGAUGACGGUGAUACACUAGGUGAUCAGCAACCGAUACAACAGAUAAUGACCAACAAUCCAUCUGAUGUGAUUCAAGAGGUACUUGACAUGAAGGAAACUAGAUCCCGACGUGGAAAUAUGUAUCGACAAUUCUUAGUAAAAUGGCUUGGAAAGACAACUAAGAGUAGUACAUAG